AUGAUGACAUCUCAACACAUUCAGCAUCAAGAUGAACUCACAACCCAGCCUCACCAAGAUAACUCACAACCCAGCCCCACCAAGAUGAACUCACAACCCAGCCCCACCAAGAUGGACUCACAACCCAGCCCCACCAAGAUGAACUCACAACCCAACCCCACCAAGAUGGACUCACAACCCAGCCCCACCAAGAUGGACUCACAACCCAGCUUCACCAAGAUGGACUCACAACCCAGCCCCACCAAGAUGGACUCACAACCCAGCCCCACCAAGAUGGACUCACAACCCAGCCCCACCAAGAUGGACUCACAACCCAGCUUCACCAAGAUGGACUCACAACCCAGCCCCACCAAGAUGGACUCACAACCCAGCCUCACCAAGAUGAACUCACAACCCAGCCUCACCAAGAUGGACUCACAAGACACAAAAAACUGA